GCCCGCCCCCCGGCCCGGACGGCGCGGAGCGGCGCGGAGCGGAGCGCGGUGCGGUGCGGCCGGGGAUGGGGCGCGGCUCCGCGGGACCGCGGCCCCUCCGCGCCCCCCUCUGCUGCCUCCUCGGCCUCCAGCUGGUGCUGGGCGCUGCGCACCCGGACUCCAAAGUCUUCCUCAUCUUCAACACGGGUGCUCAGGGCUGCCUGGAGACCAAGGACUCGCUGGUGCGACUCUCCAAGGGCUGCAACACCAGCACCCCGGCCCAGCAGUGGAAAUGGGUGUCCCGAAACCGCCUCUUCAACGUGGGGGCCAUGCAGUGCCUGGGGGUGUCAUGGCACGGGGCCAACGCCACGGUGGGGCUGCACCCCUUGGCCACCUACGAGUGUGACCGGGAGUCCGUCAACAUGCGCUGGAGCUGCCGCGGGCUCGGGGAGCAGCUCUCACAGCAUCUCAGUGCCCGCCCGGGCAACUCCUCCCUGGAUAGAGGGGACCAGGCACGCGGCUCGCAGUGGAGGACGUAUGGCACCGAGGAGGACCUGUGCUCCGUGCCCUACACUGAGAUUUACACCAUCCAGGGCAACUCGCACGGGAAGCCCUGCACCAUCCCCUUCAAGUACGACAACCAGUGGUUUCACGAGUGCACCAGCACGGGGCGAGAAGAUGGGCAUCUCUGGUGUGCCACCACCCAGGACUACGGCAAGGACGAGCGGUGGGGCUUCUGCCCCAUAAAGAGCAAUGACUGUGAGACGUUCUGGGACAAGGACCACCUCACCAACAGCUGCUACCAGUUCAACUUCCAGUCCACGCUGUCCUGGAGGGAGGCCUGGAAUAGCUGCGAGCAGCAAGGGGCCAACCUGCUGAGCAUCACCGAGAUCCAUGAGCAGACUUACAUCAAUGGGCUGCUGACUGGGUACAGCUCCACGCUCUGGAUUGGGCUCAAUGACCUGGACAUCAAUGGAGGCUGGCAGUGGUCAGACAAUUCACCCCUCAAGUACCUCAACUGGGAGAGUGACCAGCCCGACAACCCCAGUGAGGAGAACUGCGGCGUCAUCCGCACCGAGUCCUCCGGGGGGUGGCAGAACCGUGACUGCGGCAUCGCUCUCCCCUAUGUCUGCAAGAAGAAGCCCAACGCCACCGUGGACCCGUUCCUGACGGACUCGUGGUCAGAGGUGAAGGUGGACUGUGAGCCCAGCUGGCAGCCCUUCCAGUCCAACUGCUACCGGCUGGUGGGAGAGAAGAAGAGCUGGCAGGAGGCAAAGAAGACCUGCCUGCGGAGCGGGGGGGACCUGGUCAGCAUCCACACCCUCUCCGAGCUGGAGUUUGUCACCAAGCAGGUCAAGCAAGAUGUGGAGGAGCUCUGGAUUGGCCUGAAUGACCUCAAGCUGCAGAUGAACUUCGAGUGGUCGGAUGGGACCCCUGUGCGGUUCACAUACUGGCAUCCCUUCGAGCCCAACAACUUCCGUGACAGCCUGGAGGACUGUGUGACCAUCUGGGGACCGGAGGGGAGGUGGAAUGACAGCCCAUGCAACCAGACCCUACCAUCUAUCUGCAAAAAGCCCGGGAGGGUGAGCCAGGAGAAGGAGGAGGAUGACCACGGGUGCCGGAAGGGCUGGAAGUGGCACAGCCCCUCCUGCUUCUGGCUGGGUGAGGACCGUGUCCCCUACAGUGAUGCCCGCAGGACGUGCUCUGACUACGGCUCCACGCUGGUCACCAUCACCAACAGGUUCGAGCAGGCAUACGUCAGCAGCCUCAUCUAUGGCUGGGAUGGGGAAUACUUCUGGACAGCGCUGCAGGACAUCAAUGAGACGGGUGCUUUCCGCUGGCUGAGCGGCGACGAGGUCAUGUACACCCACUGGAACCGCGACCAGCCCGGUUACAACAAGGGUGGCUGCGUGGCCCUGGCCACCGGCAGCUCCAUGGGGCUGUGGGAGGUGAAGAACUGCAGCACCUUCAAGGCCAAGUACAUCUGCCGGCAGAACCUGGGCACCCCGGUGAACCCUGAGCUGCCCGGGCCGUACCCCACACCCAGCCUCACCGCUGCCUGUCCUGCGGGAUGGAGCUCCGACUCCAAGCUCCGGCACUGCUACAAGGUGUUCAACUACGAGAAGCUGCAGGAGAAGAAGACGUGGAUCGCAGCACAGGAGUUCUGCCGGGAGCUGGGGGCCCAGCUGCUCAGCCUGGGCAGCUACGAGGAGGAGCACUUCGUCGCCAACACCCUCAACAAGAUCUUUGGGGAGUCGGAGCCGGAGCUCCAUGAGCAGCACUGGUUCUGGAUUGGCCUGAACCGGCGGGACCCUGCAGGGGACAGGAGCUGGCGGUGGAGCGAUGGGCUGGGGUUUUUCUACCACAACUUUGACCGCAGUAACUACGAUGACGAUGGCAUCCGGAGCUGCGCGGUGCUGGACCUGGCCUCCCUGCAGUGGAUGCCGAUGCAGUGUGAAGCUCAGCUGGACUGGAUCUGCAAACUGCCCAAAGGUGUCGAUGUGAAGGAGCCAGAGAUCACAACCCAAGGCAGCAAAGAGUGGGUGAAGUACCAGGAGGCUGAGUACAAGUUCUUUGAGCAUCACUCGACAUGGGUGCAGGCACAGCGCAUCUGCAGCUGGUUCCAGGCAGAGCUGGCAUCAGUGCACAGUGAGGCUGAGCUGCGCUUCCUGGGCCAGAACCUCAAGAAGUUCUCCAGGGGCCAGGAGCAGCACUGGUGGAUCGGGCUGCACACCUAUGAGAGCGAUGGGAGGUUCAAGUGGUCCGAUGGGUCCUUGCUCAACUUUGUCUCCUGGGCACCAGGCAAGCCCCGGCCCAUCAACAAGGACAAGAAGUGCGUUUACAUGACAGCGAGCAGAGAGGACUGGGGGGACCAGAAGUGCAUGACAGCGCUGCCCUACAUCUGCAAGCGGAGCAAUGGGACGAUGGCAAAGCCUUCCAUCCCACCACCGCCUGCUCCUUCAAGUGGGGGCUGUCCCCGUGGCUGGCUUCCCUUCCUCAGCAAGUGCUUCAGCUUCAAUGGCCAUGACAAAGCUGAGAUAGUGAAGUGGCCAGAGGCGAAGCAGGCGUGCGAGAGCCAGGGCGCUGUCCUGGCCACCAUUGCCAGCCCCUUGGAGCAGGCUUUCAUCACAUCCAUGCUGCCCAACAUCUCCUUCGACCUCUGGAUCGGCCUCCACGAUGCCCAGAGGGAGUUCCAGUGGGUGGUGGGUGAGCCGCUGCAGCACGUGAGCUGGGCACCCGGAGAGCCCUCAGGAUGCAGUGCCUCCAGCCCCCGUGACAAGCCAACCAACUGUGUGGUGGUGUGGCAUGGCUCCCCCCCACACUUCACAGGACGCUGGGAUGACCGGAGCUGCACGGAGGAGAAGCACGGCUACAUCUGCCAGCAGAGCAUAGACCCGUCCCUGAGCCCCCCGCGGACGCUGUACCCCCCCUCGCCCACCGGCACCCUCUUUUACCACAACAGCACUUACCGCAUCCUGCAGAAGCCCCUCAGGUGGCACGAGGCGCUGCUGCUCUGCGAGACCCUCAACGCCACCCUGGCCACCAUCCCCGACCCCUACAGCCAGGCGUUCCUCACCCAGGCCGUCAGCAGCCUGCGUGCUCCGCUCUGGAUCGGCUUGGCCAACGAUGAGGGAGGCCGGAGCUACUCUUGGCUGACGGAGGAGAACCUCUUCUAUGCCAACUGGCAGGAUGGGGAGCCCAAGCAAGUCUCCGGCUGCUCCUACAUGGAUGUGGAUGGGACCUGGCGCACGGCCGGCUGCGACACCAAGCUCCAGGGUGGCAUCUGCCAACUCCAAGCAGGUGUCCCCCGCACACACAAGUGGAGCUACAGUGGCAGCUGUCCCAGAUCACUGGAGGACUCAUCCUGGAUCCCCUUCCGGGACCACUGCUACACCUUCCACAUGGAGAUCACUCUGGGGCAGAAGGACGCCAUGAAGAGGUGCCAGAAAGUUGGCGGCACAGUGUUGUCCAUCCAGGAUGAGAUGGAGAACGUCUUUGUGUGGGAGCAUCUCCAGGCGUACGAGGGUCCAUCCAAGGGUGCCUGGCUGGGCAUGACUUUCAACCCCAAAGGUGGCACCUUGGUCUGGCAUGACAACACCGCCGUCAACUACUCCAACUGGGGCCAGCACGACACGGGGCCCAGCAUGCUCAGCCAGAACAGUUGCUACUGGAUCCAGAGCAGCAACGGCGUGUGGCGCCUGGGCUCCUGCACCAACGUCACCAUGGGGGUCAUCUGCAAGAUCCCCAGAGUGGAGGAGAGCAGCUUUUCCAGGGCAGCGCUGCCGGAGAACACCGCGGCCGUGGCGGUGGUGGUGCUGUCGGCGCUGGCGCUGUGCGCCGUGCUGGCGGUCGCCGUGUACCUCUACAAGCGGCGGCGGAGCGCGGAGCGCGGCGCCUUCGAGAGCGCCCGGUACAGCCGCACCACGUCCAACCCCAGCGAGGCGGCCGAGAAGAACAUCCUGGUGUCCGACAUGGAGAUGAACGAGCAGCAGGACUAACGGGCACGCUGGGGACGGGGACCUGGGGAGGGGGGGGGACGCAGAGCAUCAAACACUAUCCCCAUGGCGCGGGUUGGGGUUGGGGUCUGGCCUGGAGCUGGGGUCCCUCCUGCCCCGCGGGUCGCUGCUGCCAUCUCCAGGCUGGUCCCCAGCUGCCCACAGGAGGCAGUUUCAGGGCUAAAAAGCUUUCCGAUGGCAUGGACAGGCUCCGAGGUGCCUUCCCCUCAGGAGAAGGCAAGUGUGGGUGUUCAGGGUCUUGCGGUGGGCUUGUUCCCCCUGGAGCUGGUGCCCGAGAAGGCAUCCUCCUGGGCAAGAGGUCCCUAAAGCCGAUCUACCUCCCCUCUGCACACAGCGAGGGCCCUGCCAGCCCCUGUCCCUGCCACCGUGCUACUCCUCUCCCCCUGCUCAGCCUCAUGCCCCACCUCCAGCAGAAAGAGACACGGAGAUGCCGAUUCGAGUGUGGACCCUGCCAGCAUCACUGAUGGGAUCCUCUCUCUUCCCUGGCGCAUGCUGGGGGCUGCAGCCAGAGCCUGCCCUCCUUUCUGUUUCCUUUGGGAGGGGUGGGAGAGGGGGAUGUCCCAAAUAACCAUACGGGAGCAAACUGCUGGCCAGGCUCCUCUCCAUUGGGAGCAUCCCAGGCUCCGCGGGAGGAGCUGGGUGCUGCGGCAGGGCCCCCAUCUGUCCCUUGCCAGGCAGGGGUGCGUGGUGCUGGGGUCACUGGUUGCCUUGUCCGGGCCGGAAGGAUGAGUAUCAGGGCUGUAGGGUGGGGAGAAGUUUGGAAGUUUUGGUGGUUGUUUUGGAAGUUGGGUGUUCCUCUGUUUUUUAAGGAAACGACAGCUUUUGUUGCUAUGCUGUAUUGAGUGCGUGCUGAAUAUAUACGUUCUUUCACACAGCUGGCUGGGGUGUUUGUGGCUGCCUGGUUUACGUGUAGGGUGUAGAGGAGGAGGAAGGUGAUGCAGGGCUUUGACCUGUGCAGGCAGGAGCGGGUACCCCGGGGCUGAGCCAUCCUCCAUCAGCUGCCUGCAGCAGCAGCAUCCCUGGUGCUAGGGUCAGACAGAAGAUGUGGCCAGUGAGAGACGUUUGGUUCCCUGCUGGGAAUGGGACCCAAGGAGCCCCUUCAGGCUCCAAAGUGGGGUGGCACAGCCCUUAAAGAGAUGUGGCAUUUAGCCCUCUGCCUCCGAGGUUCGAGCUGGGGUUUUUGUUGUGAGGACAACAGGAACUGCCUCGUUGUUGUUGCUCUCCUUUUUGCCAUCUGUGUGGGUUUUCAAAUCUGUUGAUUUCACUUAAGCUGGACAUUAAGUGUUUAACUGUUGGGGGGUGGGAUGGGGGGAACAAGGGAUCAUUGGGGUUUUGUUUACUUUUUGGGCAAUGUCCAAAAGCAGCCACGAUGUUUCAGGGCGAGCAGGAAUCUGGAGCUGCCCCAGCUCCAUUUCUCUGUCUUGGCUUUCUCUGCAUUUAUUUCCUGAGGUCCUUUCUGGUUGGGAGCUGUUGGUUUUGUCCACAGGCCCAUGGUUUCCUGAUGUGGGUGGCAGAUCCUGAGCAGCCGAGUGUGAAUCCCUCCUCAUCCCCAGCGGGUGUGGAUGUAGACAGCAGCCAGUCCCUGCAGGAGGGAUGCCAAGGUGGAAGCAGUGCUGCUGGUGGGGAUGGAGAGCUGGGAUGAACUCCUCCUGGAUGAGCAGAGCCGUUGGGAAGUGCUGAAGAAUAAAGGUUGAGGAUUGGAUUGGUGGGAAGGAGAGGGCAAGGAGUGGUGCUGAGCUUGAGGGGUGCAGCUGGGCAGCGCUGGAGCUUGUUUGGAGAAGGACGUGAGACCCUGGGAAGGUGGGAAUGGCUGGGAUGGGAUGAGUUACUGAGAGGUGUGGAGUGCUGGGGUUAGGCACAAGAUCCCAUAGAGGCAUCACACCUGGCUUUCACAGAGCCCCGCUUGGGAACACCGCGUUCAAGAGAGUUGCUCUUUUUCCUCCUUGAUGAAUUUGUUCUCUUUCUUCCUCCUUUGCUUCCAAGAGAAGGAAUCUCUACAGUCCAGGGGAGAUGUAUGGGAAGAGGUUCAUCAGCUGUCGGCAGUGAUCAGGAUUCCAGGAAAAACACAUAUAUGGUUACGUGGUAUUUCCUAUCACCAUUAGAAUAAUGUGAAGAAUUGCUUAAAAGGACCCUGUCAAUUAUAUAUAUAUAUAAUAUAUAUAUAUAGUUUUGCAUUUUUUUAACUCUCUGUGGUUUGUAAGAUCCUUUUAGAAGCUUGGAAAUAAAAUUUCCUUCCCCA